UACAUAUGUUUACCGAAGCCGGUGAGCAAGCAGUCCUUUUUCCAAGAUGUCGGUAUUCGGGCCAGUGGUGAAAAUCCAUCCAGUGGUUCUCGCUUCUAUUUCCGACUCGUACGAGCGAAGAAAUGAGGGAGCUAGUCGAGUGAUUGGAACCCUUUUGGGUACAAUCGACAAGCACUCUAUUGAGGUGACGAACUGCUUCUCUGUUCCUCACAAUGAGUCUGAAGAUGAGGUGGCUGUGGACAUGGAGUUCGCCAAGAACAUGUAUGAACUUCAUAAGAGAGUGUCGCCCACAGAAGUCAUCAUUGGGUGGUACGCUACUGGCUUUGAUAUCACUGAACACUCUGUGCUCAUUCAUGAAUACUACAGUCGUGAAGCUACCAACCCCAUCCACCUAACUGUGGACACAGCACUGCAGAGUGGCAAAAUGAACAUCCGCGCCUAUGUCAGUGCACAGAUGGGUGUGCCAGGAAAGACUGUUGGUGUUAUGUUCACCCCACUGACUGUCAAGUAUGUCUACUAUGACACUGAGAGGAUUGGAGUGGACCUUCUACAGAGAACACGUUUGGCUCCCAGUCGCACCAAGGGUUUGACCUCUGACCUCUCCCAGGUCGGUGGAGCUGCUUCCAGAGUACAGGACAUGCUGACCACUGUGCUUGCAUACAUUGAUGAUGUGCUGUCUGGAAAAGUGACAGCAGACAACAGCGUGGGUCGUUUUCUCAUGGACCUGGUCAACAAGGUGCCAACCAUCUCAGCUGAGGACUUUGAGAACAUGCUCAACUCCAACAUCAAUGACCUGUUGAUGGUGACCUACCUGUCUAAUCUGACACAAGCACAGAUUGCUCUAAAUGAGAAGCUGGUGCUACUCUGAGAAGAACUCAUUAAAGUGAUAUUUAAUUUUUCUACUUUUUUUUUUUUCUUUUGACUGAGAUGAAUAAAUAUGUCAAACAGUCAUACAACUGUUCAUUUCACUUGGAUUUCAGCUGCUAUCACUAGUAACAUUUUAACAAAGCAAUUAGGUUCUUCAUAUAGCAUUUUAACAUUACUGCAAAGAUAAUGUUAAUGGAGUCUUGCUUUUUAUAAUUAGUUAUCUUCCCACUUAUUUAAAAGCAUACAAUUACCUGCAGUACACAUGUAAAACCCACAGAAAAAUAAACUUUUGUUUCUCAUUUUUUCCAUA